UCAACUUCGUAGAACUAGGGCAAAUUUGGAAAUAUGGCGGACGGAGAGGGCGAGAACCACUUUGUCAGCAUGUCCACAGAUGAGGAAGAAGAUGACAGACAGCCUGAAGAAGAAGUCCAAGAAAUGGUUCAGUUAGAUCCCACAGCUGUAGAUAUAGACUUGAAUCACAGCAGAAUAGGAAGAAUAGAGAACUUGGAAGUGCUUACUUGUGUAGAGAGCAUAUGUUUCAGAAAUAAUUUAAUCAAAGCCAUUGAGAAUGUGGCUUGCGUGGCACAAACGCUCAGAGAGCUGGACCUCUACGACAACCAGAUUACUAGAAUUGAAAAUUUAGAUGCUUUGGUGAACUUAGAAGUCCUUGACCUGUCCUUCAACAGAAUACGGAAAAUAGAAAACUUAGACAACCUUACAAAACUGAAGAAACUCUUCCUUGUACAGAACAAGAUAGGAAAAAUUGAAAACAUAUCUCAGCUAACAAGCCUUGAAAUGUUAGAACUUGGGGCAAAUAAGAUUAGGGUCAUAGAAAACCUAGGGUCCUUGGUGAAAUUAGACAGUUUGUAUAUUGGCAAGAAUAAAGUGACCAGAAUCUCUGGACUGGACACUUUAGAGAACCUUACGGUCCUUAGUAUGCAGGUAGGUGAAAUAUUCUCCAAAGAUGAUUUUUUCCACAUAAGUAACUUUGAGUGUGAGAACUCUUAG